UCAUCUGCUGCUUAGUUGCAUUUUUUAUUGGCCUGAUUUUUGUGCAGCGCUCUGGAAAUUAUUUUGUGACUAUGUUUGAUGACUACUCAGCUACUCUGCCCCUUCUUAUUGUGGUCAUUUUGGAGAAUAUUGCGGUCACCCGAAUAUAUGGCAUAGACAAAUUUAUGGAGGAUCUGAAGGAUAUGCUUGGGUUUUCUCCAAGCCAGUAUUAUUAUUACAUGUGGAAGUACGUUUCACCCCUAGUAUUGUUAUGUUUGCUGGUGGCUAGCAUUGUCCAAAUGGGAUUAAGUCCUCCUGGCUACAAUGCUUGGAUUGAAGAAACGGCUACGGAGGAGUUCCACAGCUAUCCAACAUGGGGAAUGAUUGUCUGUAUAUCUCUGAUGGUGUUGGCCAUACUGCCAGUCCCAAUAGUCUUCAUGGUGCGCCGUUGCAACCUUAUUGAUGACAGCUCUGGUAGUUUGGCCUCCGUAUCCUACAAAAGAGGACGGAUAAUAAAGGAACCUGUUAAUCUGGAGGGAGAUAAUACAAGUCUGAUUCAUGGGAAGAGUCCAAGUGAAGUGCCGUCUCCAAAUUUUGGCAAAAACAUCUAUCGCAAGCAGACUGGCUCACCGACCCUGGACACUGCUCCCAAUGGACGCUAUGGCAUUGGGUACCUGAUGGCCGACAUGCCCGACAUGCCGGAGUCGGACUUGUAA